AUGCAGUUCUUCACCGUCACCACUGCUCUCUUUGCCUCGCUCGCCCUCGCGGCCCCCGUCGUUGAGGACCGCCAGGUCUACAUUCCCUGCAGCGGCCUGUACGGCAGCGCUCAGUGCUGCGCGACCGAUGUCCUCGGCGUCGCCAACCUCGACUGCGGCGAGCCUCCGGCCGUCCCCACCGACGCCUCCGAGUUCCAGGCUACUUGCGCCGACCAUUGGACAGCGUGCGCGCUGCUGCUUGCUUCCCCUUGGUAUCCUGUGCAACAACCCCUCCGGCGUUGA